AUGGCCUGCCAUCUCACAGAGACUUCUAAAGUCACUGUUGAGAGCGCUAUCUCAGCCAAAACCACUGAGAAAUCUGGAGAUGUGCUCGUUGGAGGCUUCGAUGAUGAAGAGGAGGAUGAUUCAUUGGAACACCAGCUUGCUCGAUCGACAGUCAAGAAAGGCCAGGAGCUAGCUAUGGUGAUUUUCCUUUGUUUAUUGAUAUUUUACACUACUGAUUUAUCUUUACAAACUAGUGUUACACUCACACACGAUGACUCAGAUGCCGGCAUAUAUGAUGAUGAGCCCAAGGCUCCAUUCACUCAGCGUAGUGAGGCGUGGUCAGUGCCUCGUCCUAGGCCAGUGCCUAAAAGGAAGGCAGCAGACAUCCUGGAGGUUUCGUCUGCCAGUGAAAUCGAAGACUUUGACGCUGUUGCAAGUGACCAUGAUCUACUAUCUGAUGCUGACGACUAUUCUAUGGAGGUUGAUUCAACCCACUCAGACCUCAAGCCAGAGACAUCUCAACCUGUGGCCAACUUGAAGCAAGAUCCUGCACUGCUCAUGAAGACCCUAUCAAAGUUGCAAAAUGCUUGCCGCACUACAAAUUCAACAUCUGUCACAACUGUAGACAUGGACACUCCAGCGCCCAAGAGGGUGAAGACCACAGCACCAAUCAACGCUACUCCUGCACAGGCUCAACAGCCUGUAGUCCAAUGCGACACGCCUGCAAAAUCAGUAAAGCCCUGGGCGCAAUAUCGAAACACCAAUUUACCUGCGCCAGUUCAGGGUGACCAGCACUGGACUAAGAAAUUUCUUCCGACCGUACUGUUGUGGAUGGGGAGUCUUGAAGAUGACCUUGUUUGGACCAUCACAGAUGCAAAUCUACUCAAGCAUAUUCAAGUCAUGUUCAAUGCUGUGUAUCUGGAGCUCAGCAUUCAGUUGGUCCAGAAUGGUGUCGUUUUCUCCCUUACUGUUCAAUGGCUUUCUGAAUGGCACAGCAACUUGGGCUCAACAGCCAUCGCAAUUAUCAUUGAUUUCCUGACGAGCGACAAGGAAUGUGACCCACAGGUCCUUGUGGGCCUCCUCUUGAACAAUUUCACCUUCCUUUUCAGCGACAUGGACACAUGCGAUCCCCUUGGAGUGUACCAUUCCGCCUUUAUGCUUCAGCUCUUCGGAAAGGCACACCUCGCUAAUAUUAGCAGCCACGCCAAUGUUCCUGCACUCAAGACUCAUGUUCUAACAUCAAGUGGAAUGGUAGGUGCUCUAUCACUUUGUGCUGCAGCUCGCGCUGUGGAAAUGGUUUCCACUGGUGAUAUCAAGGCCGAGAAUAUUUUAGCUUCAGCAUCAUCUAGCAAAACAAACAUCAAGUUGCCGAAAGUUCUCAACAAGGUCACGGGCAAGGAGACCAAUGCCCCCUUCUUGUUCUCACACGACAGGUGCACGAAGAAGACAAAACAGUAUGCCACGUCCAUCAAGAAGAAGGGACCAGCCUUUAUUGCAUCAUUGACAGACAUAGCGCAGUCUGGCUUGAAGGAAUGUGCAGCCUGGGAUUCGGCUGUCACAGAGGACAAAUCCAAAGACGAGCGUGCUUUGCUGUGUAUUUAUAAAUCUCCAAUGGCACUAUGGACACAGGCUGCUGCUGCUACUGGUAGCAUUCACUAUACUCAGUCCCCACUGUUCUAA